UCUUUCUGUAACCUUUAUCUAACUCACUGACUUCUCUCUCUCUCUCUAAAUCCAUCCACAUUCUCUCUCAAAACCAUGCAGAUCGGAGCAGCACUUCCGGCGACCAAUUUUAAUCUUUUUCAGGCAACGGUAAAAUGCAAUGGAUGUUCAUUAAACCCUUCUGCAAUGGCUACUUCUGUAAAUGCACAAAGCUUAAAAACACUCUCGUCAUCAACCACAGAGAUGACUAAAAAACACAUUUCCAAUCUUGAAAAGCUUCUUCAGAAGCAAUCUCAGAAAAAACUAUCAGCAGCUGAUGCAAAGCCUGUGGUUCAAGAAUCCAGUAAUAAUGGGUUAUUAGAAAACAGGGGAAGAAAUUUGUUGGAAGGGCUUAAUUUGGCUAGUAUUUGGCCUGAGAUGAAAGCUGCUGAGGAAAUGUCGCCAAGGCGUUUGAACAGAUUAAAAAGACUGUUAUCUUCCAAAUCAAUGGAAUAUUCUCCUAGGAACAAUAUUUGUAGCCGGUGGAAGGAAUACCACGGCAGCAAUAACUGGCUGGGUCUACUUGAUCCGUUAGAUGAGAAUCUACGGCGAGAAUUGGUUCGAUAUGGGGAGUUCAUUCAGGCAGCUUAUCAUUGUUUCCAUUCCAACCCUGCCAUGUCAGCAGAGGAGGGGCCAUUGUCCGCGAGACACGUGGCGUUGCCCGAUAGGUCUUAUAAGGUGACCAAGAACCUUUAUGCAACUUCGUCCAUUGGGUUGCCAACGUGGGUGGAUGACGUGGCACCUGAUCUUGGAUGGAUGACCCAAAGGUCUAGUUGGAUUGGAUAUGUGGCAGUGUGCGAUGACAGGAAAGAAAUUCAACGAAUGGGAAGGAGGGAUAUUGUUAUUGCGUUACGAGGUACUGCCACGUGUUUAGAGUGGGCAGAGAAUUUUCGUGCCUUGCUAGUAGAACAAAAUGAUGAUUCUGCUGAAGAACAAUCUAAAGUGGAAUGUGGAUUCUUGAGUUUGUACAAAACAGGUGGAGAACAUGUCCCAAGUUUAGCUGAAUCAGUUGUUAACGAAGUACAAAGAUUAAUUGAACAGUAUAAAGGCGAGCCUCUAAGCAUCACGGUCACAGGGCAUAGUCUCGGUGCAGCUUUAGCUCUUUUAGUAGCAGAUGAUGCAAGUACAUGUGCACCAAAUGCGCCACCAGUGGCCGUUUUUUCCUUCGGUGGCCCUCGAGUAGGCAAUCGGGUUUUUGCGGAUCGUCUUAACGCGAAUAAUGUUAAGGUAUUACGUAUUGUGAAUAAUCAAGACGUAAUCACCAGGGUUCCAGGUAUGUUUGUGAGCGAAGCGCUAGACAAAAAGCUUAGAGAAUCAGGAGCAGGUCGCGUGCUAGAGAUGUUAGAUUGUAGGAUGCCAUGGGCGUAUUCUCACGUUGGUACUGAAUUCAGAGUUGACACGAGAAUGUCGCCAUUUUUGAAGCCUGACGCAGAUGUUGCAUGUUGCCAUGACUUGGAGGCAUAUUUACAUUUGGUGGAUGGAUUUUUAGCAUCUGAUUGUCCAUUUAGGCCUAAUGCUAAGAGAAGUCUUGUGAGAUUGUUAAAAGACCAACGGUCUAACUUCAAAAGACUUUACACUAGUAAGGCAAAGGACUUGAGCAUCAGUCUUGAUAGAGAACAUAAUUUUGCUAGGAGUAGUUGCUUGCCUAGUCCAUCAUCUUGAUAUAUAUUACUAGCAGAG